GACGGCUUCCGGGAUGUGGCGGGAUUUGUCCGCUUCUUUGUCUCUGGCUGCCGCUGGAACUCCGGAUCUCGUCUUCACUGCUCUGUGUCCUCUGCUCCUAGAGGCCCAGCCUGUGGUCCUGUGACCUGCAGGUAUUGGGAAUCCACAGCUAAGACGCCGGGACACCCUGGAAGCCUAGAAAUGGACAACCUGAGGUAUGGAGUGUAUCCUGUCAAGGGGGCAAGUGGAUACCCUGGGGCUGAGAGGAAUCUUCUGGAGUACUCUUAUUUUGAAAAGGGGCCGUUGACAUUUAGGGAUGUGGUCAUAGAAUUCUCUCAGGAGGAGUGGCAAUGCCUGGACACUGCUCAGCAAGAUUUGUAUAGGAAAGUGAUGUUAGAGAACUUCAGAAACCUGGUGUUCUUGGGUAUUGAUGUCUCUAAGCCAGAUCUGAUCACCUGUCUGGAGCAAGGAAAAGAUCCCUGGAAUAUGAAGAGACACAGUAUGGUAGCCACACCCCCAGGCUUUUAAAUUCUCUAAGGAUUCUACUUUCCCUUCAUUGAUUUUCCUUCAAGUUCACAGUGAGAGCCAGAGUCCUCUUCAUGGCAUAUAAAAGACUGCAAAAUCUGACUGCAUUUCCAUUGUUUUGGGGGACACACAAAUAUCUGCAUGAUUUUGAGAAACUUUAUGUUAAACUAUUUUUUUAGUUCUCUUUUGCAUAAUGUCUAAAAUGUGUGAGAGUAGUGGUCACUGUUCUAUUGGUUUUUAUGUUAAUUUUCUGCACAUUCCAUCUUUUUUUAUUAGUAUAUUCUUGAAAUAUAGUCUGAAAUUAUAAAAUAUGAUGUCUCUCUGCUUUGUUCUUUUUCCUCAAGAUUGCUUUGGCUAUUCAAAGUUUAUUGUAGUUUUUUUGUUUUGAGAUGGAGUUUCACUCUUGUUGCCCAGGUUGGAGUGCAAAGGCGCCAUCUUGGCUCAUCGUAACCUCUGCCUCCAGCGAUUCUCCUACCUCAGCCUCCCGAGUAGCUGAGACUACAGGCAUGCACCACCAUGAGAGUUUUUAGUAAAAACUCAUGUUUUUAUAAAAAGUUUUAUUAAAAAAUUGGAUUUUUAGUAUACUUGCCUUGGCCUCCCAAAGUGUUGGGAUUACAGGCGUGAGCCACUACACCCAGCCUUUUUUUCUAUUUUAUACUUUCAUUCCAUUUUGGUCAUAGAAUGUAAUUCAUAAAAUGUCAAAUUUAACAAAUUUUUAUGACUCCGUUUUUGGCCUAACAGGUGGUCUAUCAAAGAGAACGUUGCAUAAGCUAUUGUGAAGGAUGUGUUUCCUCAUAUUCUUGAGGACUCUUCUCUAUUUCUCUGUUAAAAAUAAUUGUACAGGCUGGGCGCAGUGGCUCAUGCCUGUAAUCCCAACACUUUGGGAGGCCGAGGCGAGCGGAUCAUCUGAGUUUGGGAGUUUGAGACCAGCCUGACCAACAUGGAGAAACCCCGUCUCUACUAAAAAUACAAAAUUAGCCAGGUAUGGCGGCACGUACCUGUAGUCCUAGCUACUCAGGAGGCUGAGGCAGAAGAAUCGCUUGAACCCAGGAGGCGGAGGUUGUGGUGAGCUGAGAUCGUGCCAUUGCACUCCAGCCUGGGUAACAAGAGCAAACUCCAUCUAAAAAAAAAAAAAUUGUAUUAUACUGCCUUCAAUUCCUCUCUUCACUUACUAAUAUUCUGUCUUGUUUUAUUUUUAUUACAGAAAGUGGGGUAUUGAAAUUUCCUACUAUAAUUAUAUUGCUGUCUAGGUGUUUCUUCCAGUCUGUCAAUAUUUGCUUUAUAUAUUUGGAACCUUAGUGUGACAUACACACAGACACACAGACGUGCGCGCACACACACACACACAAAAUUUGUCAUAGGUUCCCAGUUAAUAAAUCUAUUAUUGUUUAAUGUCCUUCUUUGUCUCUUUGCAGUUUUUACUUAAAGUACUUUAUGUAAGAUAUGAUAGUUUUUGACUUAAGAUGUAGCUUUUGUAAUACUAUUUUGACCUCUUCUGCUCUCAUUUGGUUAAUAUUUGCAUGCAAUGUCUAAAUCUAUCUUGCCACCUUCAGUAUGUUUUUAAUCAUUAGAUGUCAGCUGACCCUUGUAGAAAGGCAAAUUGGAUCUUGGUUUUUAAUAAUUUUAAAUAAAUUUCUUUAUUGAAAGUAUGUCUCUUGAUUGGAAAGUUUUCUGAAACAAAGAGACUUACUAAUUUUUUUUGUUGUUCUAUUUGAUUCUUGCAUCUUUGUCUCACAUUUUCUCUCUUUGUUUCUCUCUGUGGCUGUUUUAUUUUUACUUUGAUAUGCUUUUACUUCUUUCUUAUUUUGUUUUCUGUAUCUAUACAGGCAUAUUCUUUGUGGUACGUGGGGGAUUACAUAAAACCUUUAAGAGAUACAAUGUAUUUCAGUCUAGUUAAAAAUGAACUUUUGUUGCAUGCAAAAAUUUUUUCUCAUUACAUAUGUUCUCAGAUUUGUUCUUGAUGUUGCUAAUUAUAUUUUUAUAUGUAUAUUAACAUGUUUAUAAUGAUUUCUAUGCCUUUAUCUUUCAAAUUUUGGGGAAUAAUUAAAAAUUUCUUCUGUGCCAUUAUGAUAAUGCUAAGAAAUGUAUUUUUGUGUAUGUGUGUAUCUUUCCCAGAAAAUAAUGUGUUUUAAUAUGAUUUUGUGUUGCUUUGUUAAAUCAUCUUAUUUUCAUUGGAAGCAACUGUUUUCAGCACCUUUUAUAUGUAAGGAAGUGCCAAUAUACUUUUUAAAAUUUGGUUAUUUUUGAAGUUUGUUUUCUCUUUAUUUAGCAGGACAGAUUUGGUGAUGGUAUUAUACUCACUUGAUAACUAUUUUCUUCAGAUUUCACUAUAUCACACAGUUUUCUUCUGUCCUGAAAAAUUUUUGUUGAGAAUCCACUGGCUAUCUCAUAAGAGUAUUCUUGUAAAUAAUAUCACUUUUUUUUUUUUUUUUUCUUGAGAUGGAGUUUCACUGUUGUUCCCCAGGCCGGAGUGAAAUGGCGCAAUUUCACCUCGCUGUGUCCCAGGUUCAAGCAGUUCUCCUACCUCAGCCUCCCGAGUAGCUGGGAUUACGGGCAUAUGCCACCACACCCAGCUAAGUUUGUGUUUUUAGUAGAGACAGGGUUUCUCCAUGUUGGUCAGGCUAGUCUCGAUCUCCUGACCUCAGGUGAUUCACCCACCUCAGCUUCCCAAAGUGCCGGGAUUACAGGCUUGAGCUACCGCGCCCAGCCAACACAUCACUUUUAUCUUGCAGCUCCUGAGAUUCUCUUUUCUGUGACUUUUAAAAUUGUGCUUACAUAUGUGUUUGAUAUAAAUAUCUUUGUAUUCUAGUUUGUUGGUUCAGCUUCUUCAUUUUUACAUCACUUUUUAAAAGAUUUCUGUUAUUUUUUAUAUUUUUUACCUCCAUAAUUUCUGUUUUUCCAAUAUUUUAAAUAUUUCUGUUCUUAUUUCCAGUUUUCUGAUUUUCUGUAGUUCUCUGUGUUCAUAUUUUACUCAUUGAGUAUUCAAUUUAUUUUCAGUUUUUAAAAUUAAUGUAUACAUUUUUUAUUUCUUUCUGAAAAAUUUAUAAUAAUUUUGUUGGUACUACAUUGCCCUGUUUUAUAUAUAUUCUAAUCUUUUAUUAAAAUUUGCACAUUAAAAAAA